AUGCUACCGUCCGCGAGAAGGGCGGAGCUUUCGAGGCAGUACUUCGACAACAGUUACCUCUCUCGGAAAGCUUUCGAAGCUGGAGGAGCGGGCGCACCACCACCGGAGGGGGUUGUCCUCGCCCCCGGCGCAGCGGAUGCACCAGCCCCCGAGCCCUCCCAGUACAACCCCCACCACCAACACCACCACCUGCGCGGCGGCGAGAGGGACGGCACCGCGAAGCCCUUCGUGAAGGGCGGCGACUCUUUGAUGUCCAAGACGACUUCCGGACUCACGACCUUUGAAGACGACCUGGACAUGCCGUUCCACGCGGGCGGGGUCCGUCGCUCCGCCGCGGGCGCAUCGUCCGAGAACCCGGGAGGCUUCUCCCUGCCCGACGGCGCCUCGGUCUUCAAGAGCACCACGGACUACGGGAGCGAGUUCAGCGACGAUGACGAGUCGCUGGGGUCGAUGGUGUCCGGUAACGAGUCGCUGCCGGUGUCGCACCGAUCGGAGACUGGCCCCGAUUCCGUGGCGGGGCAGAUAUGGCGCAUGCUGUGCUCGCUGGACGACCUGGUUCUCGAAGUCAAGUAG